UGAAUGCAUAGCAGAAGGCUUGAGGCGAAUCGGUCCGAUCCUCCUAUAUAAUCAAUCGUGAUCAUCUCUCUUCGCGCUGGGAGCAAAUUUGGUCAAUCAAGUUGCCGCUUCCCGUUCAAAGCAGCCAAUCACACAACACCAUAAUCCAUUCGGACAACGCAGCGUUCGGUGAUUGCAGCGUUUGAUUAGUUUAUUAUCACUCGUGUGUGCGCGCGUGGGGGAAGUAGGAGAUGUGAAGUGUUCCCCGCUUGGGUACGCUCCUGGGUGAAAGAGUGAGAGAGGAUCAUCGGCGCGAUCUCGCAUGCAGCAUCGUAAUCAGACUAAAGGUGUUCUAUAGCGUUAACCGUAAUUUUCCGCAAUGUUGGCCUUCAGAGUUUGUUGGCCGACCCGCAUCAAAUGGUGUCCGUGGCCUCGAAAUGGCACUGCCCUGGUCGCGCUGAUAUUGCUGAUGAUGCGCAUGGCGCAUGGCCUCCAGCACCAAUACACCGUUGAUGAGCUGCUCCAGGCGACGUUCCCUAUUAGCAUCUCGGGCGAUAUCGAUAUGGAUCCGUGCAAAUCGGCUGAAUUCAUGGGUGACAUUGCGAUGCCCAACGUGCAGUAUGAGAGCGAAUUCAAUAAACAGAGACUGAGAGAAGAAGAACAAGCCCAGGAAGUGAAGCAGAUAGUGAGACCUAAUCCCCCAAAUCCCACUCAAGUGUCUAGUUCUAAGCUCGAAGGCGUUGACAGCUCAUUAAGAAGCUCUUCGCCCAAUAAAACCAUAAAUUACAAAACGAAAAAACGACAUCGUCCCCAACAGGCAGAAAAGCACCGAUCGAGAAAAGCAGGUGCACAGGAAACGGCCAAGGUAAAAAGAACGCAUCACAAAAAUGCUUCCAAAACCGAACAGAACAAAUCAGGAAAGCUUGAUCCUCGAUCCAAAUCGAAGAAAAAUCCACGCAAACAUCGUCGCAACAGACGUUACCAGAAAAAGAGCGCCCAUCACCGAUCGACCCGGGCAGCCACCGCCAAGAAGGAGCGCAUUUGGGACUACGGUAUUAUUCCGUACGAAAUCGAUGGCAACUUCAGCGGUCUGCACAAGGCUCUGUUCAAGCAAGCGAUGCGUCACUGGGAAAAUUACACCUGCAUCAAGUUUGUCGAGCGGGACCCGGAGGAACAUCCCAACUUUAUUGUGUUCACCAAGCGCUCCUGUGGCUGUUGCUCCUUCGUGGGCAAACGGGGCAAUGGGCCCCAAGCGAUCUCCAUCGGGAAGAAUUGUGACAAGUUUGGAAUUGUCGUUCACGAACUGGGUCACGUGGUGGGGUUCUGGCAUGAGCAUACGCGACCCGAUCGCGAGAAUCACGUCGUGAUCGAAAAGCACAAUAUUAUGAUCGGUCAGGAGUACAAUUUUAACAAACUCACCGAAGACGAGGUCGAUACGUUAGGUCAACCCUACGAUUACCACUCGAUCAUGCACUAUGCGAGGAACACUUUCUCGAAGGGAACCUAUCUGGACACCAUUCUUCCGGUGGAUAUCCCGGGGCAGAAGAGACCCGAGAUCGGACAACGACUUCGACUCAGCGAUGGAGACAUCAUACAAGCGAACCUCCUGUACAAGUGUGCCAAGUGCGGACGAACCUUCCAGCAGCACUCCGGGGCGUUCACCUCACCAAGUUACCACUCGAAGAUCCCACCGGCUGAUCCGGAACGGUGCGAGUGGCGCAUCACGGCCACCCAUGGCGAGCAGAUUGUGCUGAACAUCACCGAUAUGGACAUUUUCAAGUCGGAAAACUGUCGCACCGAUUACCUGGAGAUACGUGAUGGUUAUUGGUACAAAUCCCCACUGCUGGGUCGAUUCUGCGGCAGCAAACGAUCAAGCACCGUUAUCGUGUCGACCGGCAGUCGUAUGCUGCUGUCAUACGCCACCAGCUUCCGGCAGGCGAGUAUGCGAGGGUUUGCGGCUCAGUACGAAGCAAUUUGCGGCGGGGAUAUCAGUGGCAAUGGUCGUCUCGAAUCGCCCAACUACCCUGCAGAGUACCUUGCGAACAAGGAGUGCGUUUGGAGAAUCACAGUCCCCCGGGACUUCCAGGUGGCGUUGAAGUUUCAAUCGUUCGAAGUGGAGAACCAUGACAACUGCGCGUAUGAUUACGUGGAAGUUCGCGAUGGCGACUCGGCGGAUUCCCGGCUGAUCGGUGUGUUCUGUGGCUACAAGACUCCGCCCGAUAUGCGAUCGAGCUCGAACAAGAUGUUUGUGAAGUUCGUUUCCGACGGGUCGGUUCAGAAGGCGGGAUUCCUGGCGACAUUCGUGAAGGAGGUUGACGAGUGCGAGCGAAAAGAUCACACCUGUGAGCACGAGUGCAUCAACACGCUCGGUGGGUACGACUGUGGGUGUCAAAUUGGAUACGAGCUGCACAGUGACCGCAAGUCGUGCGAGAAAGCCUGCGGCGGUGUGUUGACCCAGAAAAGCGGAACAAUUCUGUCGCCCUCCUUCCCGCGCGAAUAUCCAACCAUGAAGGACUGUGCGUGGGAAAUCAUCGCCUCGCCACAGCACAAGAUCACCCUAAAUUUCACUCACUUCGAUCUGGAAGGUAACACCUUCUACCAGUCGGCCGAAUGCGACUACGAUGCGGUAACGGUUUACUCCAAAAUCGGUAACGACACACUCAAGCGGCACGGAUCGUUCUGUGGAAUGAAAAUCCCACCGGUGAUCACCUCCGAAAGCAACAUUCUGCGGAUCGAGUUUCGAUCGGAUAAAACAGUGCAGAAAACAGGCUUCGCUGCGGUCUACUUUACCGACGUGGAUGAGUGUGCGAUCAACAAUGGCGGUUGUCACCACGAAUGCAAGAAUUCCGUCGGUUCGUACGUCUGCUCCUGUCGGAACGGCUAUACGCUGCAUGAGAACGGUCACGAUUGCAAGGAAGGCGGAUGCAAGCACGAGAUCACCACACAAAACGGUCAAAUCUUCAGCCCCAACUAUCCGGAUGAUUAUCCAGCCAAAAAGGACUGCAUCUGGCACUUCAAAACAGCCCCCGGGCACCGAAUCAAGCUGGUGUUCAACGUGUUCAACGUUGAACUGCACCAGGAGUGCGCCUACGAUUACAUUGUCAUUCACGAUGGAGAUUCUCCAGAUGGACACACCCUCGGGCGAUUCUGCGGAGCGAAGCUCCCGCACCCGAUUUCAUCCACUUCGAGUGAAAUGUACAUGGAAUUCAACACCGAUUCCAGCGUCCAGCGGAAGGGAUUUCUCGCGAGUCACACCACAGUUUGCGGUGGAUAUCUGCCCGCAGACGGGGAAGCCGGACAGAUUUAUUCCCACGUGGGAUACGGCGUCGGGACGUAUGACAACGGGGUGGAUUGCGAGUGGACCAUAGAGGCGGAUUACGGACGCAGAGUGCAGCUUACGUUCCUGUCGUUCGAUCUGGAAGAGGAAAAGAGCUGCUCGUAUGAUUACGUGGAGAUACUUAGUGGAUUCGAGGACACGAGCGGUCAAGUGCACGGGAAGUACUGCGGGAACUUUCUCCCGCCGGAGAUAAUAUCGUUGAGCGAGAUCGUAGUGUUGCGUUUUCGCUCGGAUGACACCGUUGGGUUCAAGGGCUUUUCCGUGGCAUAUGUGUCAAUCAGCCCGUUCGAGGACGAGUUCUCCACCGACGAAGAGGCGUCCGAGAGCGAUGAGCUCGGGGUGCCGUUCCCGGGCUCGUUGAAAAGUAGAUAUAUCAGUAGCAGUCAUAAUGAGGAUGAUGAGGGCGAUAACGAUUACGACUUGUAUCACAGUCAUCGUGGCAGCAGUAAGGUACGAUUGAACGUUCACAAUGGGAUUCAUGACUCGAAAAUGGUUGAUUGAAUGCGGUCGCUGAUCGCGCGUAGUUUAUUUAGUUUAAUUUAAUUUAAAAUUAGGGUCGAUUCUACCCAACGGUAGCUAACAUACACAUUGUGACGAUGAUGCAGUUCCUAGGUCUCUCGAAUCUUACGUGUUUCAACUCUUCCACAAUAUAAUGGACGUGAUUUCUUCUGUUAGUUUUAGGACGCGCAAUGAAAUAGACUGAUUUAGCUGUAAAUAGAUUAACACAAUUGACAAUCGCAUAUUCUUCGAGAUGUCCUCGUAGUUUUCGUUUUUUUCUAAUGGUCAAGCUCAAAUGGGAACUUAGGGAAUACAAUAAGAGAGUACAAUGUUUUGAAGAAUUGGAUAUCUUUAAAUACAUAGCAUAUCAUAGGAACGUGUAGAUUAGAUAGGUGUUUUAGUGGCAAAUGUGAGCGAAAUCACAUCGAUUGUAGGACGAAUAUAAUCGGAUAAAUAAAAU